UGCGCUGUCAUUCCGACACAUUUUCUGUGAGUGAAAAAACGAAGCUCACGGGGCGACGUUUGUCCGGAAAACUCCGCCUGCCUUGACGUCGCCAUCAGAAACAGCAUUUAACCCAGAUCGUGGCUUCAAACGCAGCACUUUUCCAGCAGGAAAACGGCGUUGACAGCAGAUAUGCUGGCGGUAUCGCCACGUCAACUAAAACAAACUAAAGCGUAAACAGGACUUUGCCGUGUUAUUAGUCUGUCUGAGUUUUAACACUUGUCACCAUGCUGGAUCCGUCCUCCAGCGAAGACACAGGCGGGGAGUCCGACACAGAAGUUACCAGAGAGCCUCCGAGGAAACCGUCCGCUUUCUCAAAGGCAGAAAAGCAGGGAGACAGCGGGCGGGCGGGCGGUCAGCAGCUGCUGUUUGCCAAAACCCUCGGUGAAGGUGCAAAAGACUGCCCCUCUGCUGGUGACAAUGAGAAAAAGAAGGAGCGAGAGCGCCUUCAGAAGGAGGAAAAGGAGAAGAGAACCAAGCUGCAGAUCUAUGUAUUUGUUCUGCGGUGUAUUUCCUAUCCGUUCAACGCCAAGCAGCCCACCGACAUGGCUCGAAGACAGCAGAAGGUGAGACUUGAACAGCAAGUCAACAAGCAGCAGCUGCAAACAUUGAAGGAGCGCUUCCUGACAUUCCUCAAUGGAGAGACUCAGAUUAUUGCUGAUGAAGCUUUCUGCAAUGCCGUGAGAAGCUACUAUGAGGGUUUUUUGAAGAGUGAGAGAGUUUCCCGAAUGGUUCAAAGUGGUGGGUGCUCAGCCAAUGACUUUCGUGAGGUUUUUAAGAAAAACAUUGAGCGACGUGUGCGCAGCCUUCCAGAGAUCGAUGGCUUGAGUAAAGAGACUGUGCUAAGCUCCUGGAUUACCAAAUAUGAUACCAUCUACUGUGGGGAGGAAGACAUGUGGUGCCAACCACAGCGGGCACACCUGAGUGCUGUUUCAGAGCUAAUCCUUAGUAAAGAGCAACUGUACGAAAUGUUCCAGCAGAUACUGGGCAUCCACAAGUUUGAGCACCAGCUGCUAUACAAUGCCUGUCAGCUUGACAAUGUGGAUGAACAAGCUGCUCAGAUCCGCAGAGAACUGGACGGGAGGCUACAACUGAUUGAAAAGAUUGCUAGGGAAAGGACAAACCCAAAGUUUGUCUCUACUGACAUGGGGGCUUUGUACAUUGAAGAAUUGCGCUCUUCUGUCAACUUGCUGAUGGCUAACUUGGAGAGUCUGCCUGUGUCCAAAGGAGGUCCAGACUUCAAACAGAAGCUUAAGCGCUCCUCUAUGAACAACUCCUUCUUGGAUAUAGGGGAUGAAGGAGGCAUACUGUCCAAAUCUGAUGUUAUGCUGACCUUUAACCUGGAGGUUGUCAUUGUUGAAGUCCAGGGGCUGAAGUCAGUUGCUCCAAACCGAAUUGUUUACUGCACCAUGGAGGUGGAGGGUGGAGAAAAACUUCAGACUGACCAAGCAGAAGCUUCAAGACCCCAAUGGGGUACUCAGGGAGACUUCUCUACAACUCAUCCCUUGCCUUUGGUUAAAGUAAAGCUCUUUAUAGAAAGUACUGGUGUCUUGGCUCUGGAAGACAAGGAACUGGGCAGGGUGGUCCUGAUCCCCACCACCAGUGGUCCAAAGCAGGCAGAGUUCCACCGGAUGGCGGUCCCUAAGAACAGCCAGGACACAGAUCUGAUGAUCAAACUGGCUGUCCGCAUGGACAAGCCUCCCAACAUGAAACAUAGUGGGUACCUGCAUGCUGUAGGACUUAGAGUCUGGAAACGCUGGAAAAAAAGAUAUUUUGUUCUUGUUCAGGUGAGUCAGUACACAUUUGCAAUGUGCAGUUACAGAGAGAGGAAAGCUGAACCUCAGGAACUGAUGCAGCUGGAAGGCUACACUGUAGACUACUGCCAACCUCAGACAGGUCUGCAAGGUGGCCAGGUGUUUUUUAAUGCUGUAAAGGAGGGCGACUUGGUGACAUUCGCCUGUGAUGACGAACAGGACAGAGCACUCUGGGUUCAGGCUAUGUACAGAGCCACUGGUCAGUCAUAUAAACCAGUCCAACCAACACACAGCAAAGCUGCGAAGUGCAAAGGCGGACACAGAAAACCGUCACCUAUCAGUCUGGAUCCCUGUCAACAUCAGGGCAUGGAUGAUUUAAUCUCUGCAGCUCCUGGUUCCUUUGACCAUGCUGCUUUGUUCUCCAUUUUACAGAAACACACUCUGCAGCACCGAAUGAAUGACUCCUUCUCCUGCCUGGGCUGGUUCAGUCCUGGCCAGGUGUUUGUCCUGGAUGAGUACUGCGCUCGGUACGGGGUUCGAGGCUGCCACCGCCACCUGAGCUACCUGAAGGAUCUCAUGGACUAUGCCGAGAACAGCGUGCUGGUUGACCCCAUGCUGUUACAUUACAGCUAUGCUUUCUGUGCCUCACAUAUCCAUGGAAACAGGCCUGAUGGAACGGGGACAGUGACUGUGGAGGAGAAGGAGCAGUUUGAGGCCGUCAGACAUCGUCUCAUUGUUCUAUUGGAGAAUCAGAUAACACAUUUUAGAUACUGCUUUCCCUUUGGACGACCAGAUGGGGCCUUGAAAGCAACACUUUCGCUUCUGGAAAGAGUACUGAUGAAAGACAUCACCACACCUGUUUCUUCAGAGGAAACAAAGAAACGGGUUCAGAAAUGUUUGGAAAAGGCAUCCCAAAUCAACUACAGUCAACUGAUGGAGUAUGCUCAGAUCAAUGUGGAUCCAGAAGACAUACUGGAGAAAAGACUGGAUGAUAUGUUGAGAUUGGGAGAGCUGUGCAUUGAAGUCCUACAGCAGAAUGAAGAACAUCACUCUGAGGCUUUCUCGUGGUGGCCAGAACUGUUGGCCGAGCAUGCUGAGAGCUUCCUGUCUCUCUACAGAGCAGACAUGGAUUCUGCUCUACAGGCCCAACCCACCGACUCCUGGAACAGCUUCCCACUAUUCCAACUUCUGAACAACUUCCUUCAAGCAGACUCUCAUCUUUGCAGUGGCCCAUUCCACAAACACCUACAGGACCUAUUCAUCCCUCUGGUGGUGCGAUACAUUGACCUGAUGGAGACCUCCAUUGCCCAGUCCAUCCACCGUGGCUUUGAGCAGGAGACCUGGCAUUCAGUCAGUAAUGGAUCGGCCACCUCUGAGGAUUUAUUCUGGAAGCUGGAUGCUCUACAGAUGUUUGUGAUGGACCUGCACUGGCCAGAACCAGAGUUUGCCAAGCAUCUGGAACAAAGACUCAAACUGAUGGCCAGUGACAUGAUGGAGGCCUGUGUCAAAAGGACAAAAUCUGCGUUUGAAGCCAAAAUGGCAAAAAUGAGUCAAUCUACAGAAUUCCGGGUUCCACUCUCUGUCUGCACCAUGUUCAAUGUGCUGCUGGAUGCUAAGAAGCAGAGCCCCAAACUCUGUGUGCUGGACUGCAACCAGGAGAUUGACAUACAAUGGCAACAGUACCACUCCAAAAUUGAUGUUCUGAUUGAUGACACAUUCGAAGAAAUGAUUUUCUCCCUCGCAUUAAAGUGUACUGCUGUCUUAGAAAGCGUCCUCUUCAAGCUGUCCAGAUAUGAUGAAGGAACGUUCUUCUCCUCCAUCCUCUCUUUCACAAAACCAGGAAUGGAUCUGGCGGACACCUUCAUUACCUUUGUUCGGCAGAACCAGGACAUCCUUCGAGAUCAUAUCAAUGAUGAGGUCUGCAUUGAGAAGGUCUUUGAUCAAUGGUACACAAACUCCAUGAGAACUGUGUGUGUGUGGCUGACUGACAGACUGGACCUGCAGCUCCACAUUUACCAGCUGAAAGUACUCAUCAAGAUUGUGAAGAAGACCUAUCGUGACUUCAGGCAACAGGGUGUGCUGGAUGGCACGCUCAACAACAAGAACUACGAGACCGUCUACAACCGGUUGAAGGUGGAGGAGGCCACAGCAGCAGUCAAGGGAGGCAAUAGCCUGGAGGGCAUCAGCAUGAGAGACAGUGAUGAAGAGGACAGCUAAACCCAGACACGCCUCCAGCAGCCUCUCUGACAUGUCACUACUUUGUUUUACACUUAAUAGCUCACACCAAAUUUGACAUAUCAAGAAAUACUAGGAAUGAAUUUAGAAAAUUAAUCCUGUAAGUGAAAAGGCAUAUGUACUAUUUUAUUUGCCAACGUGUCAACUUCCUAAUGUUAAUAUGCUUGUUUUGAAUAUUAUUAAAGGGAAAUAGAUAUCCAUGUAAUUCUGAAGAAUAUUUCCACUAUGUUAAGACCAUGAACUCUGAAGUGUCUGUUUUCCAUUGAAUAUUUUGACUAAUCAAACUUAGCACAUAAAAGAAGGGAAUUUGUGUUUACUCAUUUUUCCAAUUUAGCAAUGCUUCUAGUCAGUUUAUUUUAUACUGGUGCAAUCUGUUUAUUUCCCUAAAGAGCUGCCACUUUUGUCAGAAAAAAAUCAUCUAGAAAUUGCAUUAAAGAUGGUCCAAUAUUCUUUGUACAUGCUUUUGGUGGAGUUAGUGUGAUGCUGUGGGACAGGAUGUCUAUCACAGGAGAACAAAGGCCCUGCAUUGUUGGAGUUAAACUGCAGAGCAAUAUGAGGAUGAGAUUGGCCACCUUUACUAUUAGGGAGCGACCUCUGACAUUUAUCUCAUGCACUGUUAAUAGAACCUGUUAAAGAAAUAAACUUACUAGCAUAAUGAGCUGUUUUGCACUGGCUGAGGAGAUCUGGCAAGGUUUUCACUAUCCCUGCAGUUCAACCAAUUAAUGAAUUGUCCCCACAAUGUGUCAUAAUUUAAAGAGAAAUUAACAAUCUUUCCAGAAAUAUAAAAUUUAUUACAAAUAAUUAUUUUUAACCUUACUUUUUUGAUACAAACACUUUCUUCUAUUUUUUUGGGCUGAACCUAACAAAGUAUGAAGUGCUUAAACUAUUUCAGGUAUUUAUUUAAGUUUCUUUGAUACCUAAGAUUAAAUAAAUGGCGAGACUGUAGCUAAAAUGUCAUUUUCUCUUCACUCACAACUCAGUGUUAGAACUCUGAGAUUAUAACUGGACUAGAUUCAUAAUUCCAUGUAAAAAUUAUAUCCAUUUUCUUUAGCCCAAAGCUUAAUCAGUUACAGGAACUAGCACCACAAACGGAACCAAAUCAGCAACUUAGUUUCAUAUUUUCAGUUAAUGCACCUAUUUAAAACUUGGGAGAUCAUAUUUAAAAGUUACUUGCUUUUAAUUUGUGUUAUUGGAUUAGCAUGACCUUCUUACUCUCUCUGGCAUUGCACUCCUUUUCCAUUUUGGGUUGGUCACAAAGCCAUAACAUCUAUCAGCUCUGAGGAAGGGAUGAGGCUGGAUGAUGACUGUGAUGCAGCAAUAUGAUGCAAAACAAAUAAAGCAGCACUGUUUGUGGGCACAUCCAGAACAGAUAUAUGUGAUUGCCCUCCUGUUUCUGUCUAGUCAGAGAAAUAAUUUGAUCAGUGGAAUCUAUUGCAGAUAAUCUUGAGGUUGUUAUAAAACACUCUUUCCUACAUUUAAACACUGAGUGUACGUUACAGUCUUGAUGUAGCACUGAGCUCAGCUAGAUUCAUCCCAAGAUUAUUUGAAGGACACCCAUUUUUGCUGCUGGCCUAGCAGCAUGUUGUGAAAGCAAACACAGUUUGUGAUCUUAAUGAAUCGGCUUUAAUGAUGUGAAUGACAAAAUGAUCCAUUAAGGAAAGUUCAUGGUCACUUGUUGAUAGUAGGGUGAUGGUCGGACUAAGGGGCUCAUGCUGACAUGAACGCUGCUGUGAACAAAAAAUGACCAUUUGUAGUUCUUUACAAUCCAUAAAAUGUUUAAAAUAUCCGCUGUGCAUAAUAAUUUGGAACAGUGCAUUUUGAGUUUUUUACUUUUGAAAAAUAAUACUGUUCUCAUGGGGCGCUUUGUUCAGUAAAAUGUGAUUUAUACUGUAAUAGUUCAUGACUUGAAAAUUAUACUGACCAUGAUUUGCAUUGACCAUUUAAGAAAGGGUGAUGAGAAAAUAUCACUUGCAUAAUAAUUUGGAACACGGCGUAUGAAUAAAAUACUCCUUUAAACUUUACUGGAUAUAUUUAAGACUUAACUAUAAAAGCUAAAAGGUUGCUACUGUAUGACAUAGUACCAGAUUUGACUGGGUUCAGAUUUCACCUUGUAAGCUGAAGAGUAGAGAGUGACAGAAACACUUUGACCUCUAUACUACUUUGACUAUCAUAAAUGGAACAAUAGCCAAAAAAAUAGCACUUUCAGGUGAGUGGAAGCUUUGUAAGAUGAUGUUCCUUGGCAAAGACCAUAUUUUAUGAAGCAGAGCAUCAAUUUUGCAGUGUUUUUCAAGUGAUUGUUUCUAAAUGGAUCUUAACAAGUUGACUGUCACUCCAGUUUUCACAUUUUCGAAAAACUAUAAAAACAUGUAAACGAGAGGGAAUUCCAUGGGGAUGAAGCCAUAUUAAAAUGAUAUUCUCAUAAAAAGGAGACAGAUUAUUGCUAGCAAUCUGGCAACGAGGAUCAGGAACUAAUUACUAAUAGCUCAUUGUGUAUGAAUUACAUAUAUGUGGAGAAUAUACAUAUACAGUGGAGAAGAUGGCACAGUUACCUUGCAGCAAAAAGCUCUCAUGCUGUUAUGUUCUCUAUCUGAAUCAAUGUCUUCUCUACUGGUUUCCUGGAUUUUCUCCUAAAGGCUCAAAUAAGGCAUGCAGGAUUUAUUGAUAUCUUUACAUUGUCCUCAGGUCUAAGGGUAUGUGAGUGUGGUUGUUUAUCUUGUUUGGGACAAGACAAAACAAACAGAGUGAACCCCACCUUUCCUCCACGAAUGACCACUGGGGAUUCACACCAGACCUUAAAUUUACAAAGUUUCCCUCACACACUUCUAAUUUAUGGUGAUAAAGUCCUUGUUUUAUAACUUGGAUCAAUUUGAAUUUUUGUGUGAUUUAGUUGAAAUAACUGUCUUGUAAAGUACUUUGAGAUAUUUGUUGCGAGAUGGCGCUAUAUAAAUUGAUUUGAAUGUAAUUAUAUUUUAGGUGUUACAGCUUCUAGAUGCAAUUGCUCAAUGUGGCACACACCACUGCUCACACAAUCGCCGCCUGGUCACCAUCACAUCACACUGAUUCAAGCUGCAGGCCCAGAUCCACAUGCCAGUGUCAUGUUAUGUGUAGUAAUAGUGUUCUAAAAACAAUAAAAGUUCUGGAUUCUCCUCAUGAGAAUCUGAAAAGCAUUCUUGCAGACAUGAAUGUUUCACCAGUAUCGUUAUGGUGAAUGUUCUCAACUUAGAAGUAUCUAUUUUUUCCUCCCCAUCCACCUGAUGUGGUGUGGGUUUCCUUCAAACUUGCAUCUACUUGGCCAAAGUUAACAAAAACAUGUGACUAGCCAAUAAAGUCUGGUACAUUAAUCAGCUGUGAGUUCCCCACACUCCAAAAUGUCUCAGGUGUACUCUGUAAACAUACUGAAAUCAAACAAAAAUGUACCAUUUUCAAAACAUCCCAAACUAAUAUUUAAAGCACUAGGUGGUUUCUUCAUGAAUUUAUCCAACAUUACUAAUGUUGGAUAAAUUCACACAAAAAAGUUGAAACAUUUAAAAUGUAAAAAAUGUUUGAAAACUGCUAUUUUCUUAGACACCUUUGUUUUGAUGUUUCUACUCUGGUGACUUGUUCCUGAUUUUGCCAAUGCGCAUCACAAAUUUUGAAUUAAUCUACAGCUUCUGUACAAAAUAACACUGUUGUCUGGGUGGGUCAGAUGAUUAAAUAUUUCAGCUGAAAUACAUUCAGAGUGCUGUGCUAAGUUGAGUAGACUGACAGUUAGGUUCAAAAUUAUUCAGACUUCUUUAAGACAUUUUGAAAUGGUUCUGUAAGUUUCAAUUCAAAAUUGACACAGAAUCUGCGGAGGAAGUUAAAGAUUAGGCAAGUAGCCCACCAAGCUCAAACAUGUGGAGUUCAUGGUUAAAGUUAGAUCACUAAAACACCAGAGGAAACAUCUAAAAAGCUGCUUGGGAAUUGAAAGAAGGAUUUGAUUGUUGAAAUACCCCCCACCCCUCCCCCCAAAAAAGGAAAAUUAACAAAAGGGAUAAAUAAUAUUUUAUAUCCUAUUUAUUUAAAAACUUUGCCUGUUACAAUUUGAGUCAGUUUUUGGUUGAAUAAAUUCAACUUUAAAUCUAAAUCCUUGCACUCCUUCAUGUGCAGCUGUAUUCUGUUGUCACUUUAGGUGGAGCAGCUCCCUCCUGUUGUGUUUGUAGCCAUAGAACAGCUCAAAGUGGUAGAUGGUCUGAUCCAGCAGUGCCUCAGUUCUGUGCCAUAAGGUUUGUCUUAACAGGAUCAGGAAAUUGAUUAGCUAACAAAAAGCCUUUGUGGCAAUAAAUGUAGAAUUGAAAUUCUGAUCGUGUGGAUGAAAUGAUUCUAUUGUUUCAUCGUCAUUCUGCAGGCAACCGUGUUGUCCUGGAGAAUUUGUUACAACUUCACUUGUUUGACUUUACAGGAACGACAGUUUAAUGGUUUUCAGUUAAACAGCCAGAACUCUGUUACUGUUCUCAUGUUUAAAUUAUGAAAUCAAAGGCUAGUGCCUUUAAGUUGAAAAAUGUCAGUUUGAUAAUGUGCAUUGCUUGAGAGAGUCAGCUGGGAUGUUUUUUUCAACUAGUGACAGUUCUAUUGCUUCUUGUACAAAAGUAAUAAAACAUUUGUCUUCCACUUGCACAAAUAUCCUCUACAUUGAGUUGAUCUCACAUAAAAGUUUUAUCAAAAACAAUAAAGUUCAUGACAACAUCUGAAAACGUUCCACUGCAGGUCCAAAUUGCGUUCUAGUUAAUAUAUCUAAUAUAAAUUGGUAGGUUUCCAGCUGGUCUAUCUUGUUUCCAUGUCCAGAUGAAGGAUUGAUCAGAACUCUUUUGUAGAACAUAACUGUGCCUCAAACAGAACCACCAGGUUCUCCUUCACCUGGUCUCCAGAGUGAUGUUUGGUCUCUGAUAUUCUCUAAAGAAUAAAGUGCAUGACACAUUUAUUAUAGAGUUAUACUAUAAUUUUUUUCAAAACAAUUUAUCAAAAUACUUCCACUUCAGUCUGUCACAUAAUGUGAAUAAUUUUGAAAGCCGUUGUAUUCAUGAGUUCUGUUUCAAUGUCAUUUAGAAUAAGUUUGAUAUUAUGCUGAUGCUCAAGAGAAACACUAGUGAGGAAGGACAGAUUCAACAGCUUAUCUUGGUUCUUUAAACAGCUUGUUGCUCACCACAGCUGAACUCUGAUACUCUCUUGUUGUUCAAAAGCCUUCAUUUACCCGUCAGGUUCAGUUUGCUUCAUUUCAUCCCAGCCUAAGAAGAACCUGAUGCUUUUUAUUUUUUGAGCUGUUGAUCAUAACUUGUUGUAAAUGUACAAAAAUGUAAUUUUGUGCGAGACAGACUGUCUCGCACAUUUCUGAAUCUCUUGAAUGUUGUAACCAUGAACAAACACAAUGUAGAAUUUGUAAUAGCUGUUUUGAUGGAGUUGUUGAAGAAUGUAAAUCUAAGAUUUAA